CACUGGGUAUACCUACCUAAAACUAAUUAAUUGUAAAACAAUUAAUAUCUUCGAGUAAGCGUUUACGCUUAUCCUUUCCGCUUUCCACCAGUUAACUAAGUACACCAUUGCAUAACCAUUACAUUACCGCAUACGACACCAUGCGAAAUUAAUUGUUUUAGUCGAUACACUUACCAGUAAUUUUUUGUAAUUGAUUUAGGUAGAUCUUACGUGGUGCUUAUAGGUUUUAUAUUUAUAUAUGGUUAUUUACUAAUAUAUGUUACAUAACUCCGAUGUAAUCGAGUGAAAGUGGUUUUUAAAGAUUUGGAUCAACAAGUUGCAAUUUUUGUAGAUCGUAGUACCUACUUUUUAUGAUUAGUUCCUUUGUGGCUGCGAAAAAGAAUCUUUCAAACCGGCAUUAGCUUACCAUGAUGGAUACUACCAAAUGGUAUAUUUUUGUGGGUUUUGUUUUUGGUGUAAUUAUAACAAGUACUGUGUGCUUUCCUGAUGGUGCACCUAUAGAUGCUUGUGUGAAGCCAAAGGUUAAUCAGCCAAAUCACAGUCGAGCAAAACCACAGUCGCCGGAUUCAAAUCCGUACCAAAUUAUCGCGUCGCACAGUCACUAUGGACCCGGCACAGAAGUUACAGUUACCAUCGAGGGCAACGAAAACUUUAAGGGAUUUCUCAUACAGGCAAGAGAUGUUGCAACUAACCAGUGGAUAGGAGAAUGGUCAGAAAUACCAAACACAAAUGUCCAUCCAGAAUGUAGCGCCAUAACACAUGCCGAUCCGGAAGAAAAGCAAAAAGCCGUUCUCACUUGGCAUGCGCCAAAGGAUACUGAAGGAGGUCAAGUGUAUUUUACGGGAACAGUCUUAAAGAGCUACAAGGUGUUUUGGUCUAACUUAGUAAACCUGGUUCCUGAGAAUUUCUAACUAUACCAAUCUGUUAUUACCUGCACAAAUGCCAAUUUAUCAUUAGGGUUAAUAAUUAACUUCAGCUUCCUUCUUCCUUGUUUACAUGUUCAAAAUUUCAACAUUUCUUCAUUUACCUUCGUGUA